AAUUUUAAUCUCUAAAUAAGGUUUGCUGUGACAAUGGCGUGGGGUGCAGCGACUCAGGACGGCGGCAGAUCCAAAUGGCGGCAAGGACACAAUUGGAGGAGAGGAGAUUCUAGGAAUAGGACUCAGGGACAGGUAGAAUCGUUCUUCAUUUACAACUUCCCAGAGGAAUGGGAUGCGAAGGCUUUGUGGUACCAGUUUCAGAAUUAUGGAAAGGUUGUUGAUGUGUUUGUCCCAAAGAGACUAAAUAGGAUAUGGAUCGAGUCCUAUAAGCUGAGGGCAAGAGUGGCAUUUGCCAGGAGGCAGCGAGAGAUAGGAAAUCAGAGGUGUGCUGGGAAGAAGGCUGGGACUGACAGGGCUGUUAUGGGGGAUUCAAGGAAACAUAGUGCUUUGGUUCUGAAUAAACAAGCAAAAAAGAAGGAGAAAUCUGCAGCUAUGGAUAGAUUAUCUAUUAUUCAAAGGAAGUCUGCGAAUCUUGAGGGGAAAAGCUCCGAGGAUAAGGAGGGAGUUAUGAACUCGGGGCACAAUAGGGAGGAAAUUAUAGAAUUUUGCCCAUUGAAAGAGGAGAAUCAAUGGUUGCAGGGGAGCAUGAUAGUAGUCGUUAAGUCCAUGUCAAUGAUCUCUAUUAUUCAAGAGAGAUUGGAUGUGGAUGGGGGUUUGAUAAAUAUAUCACCAUUGGGAGGGAGAAGCAUAUUAUUAACGGAGAGAUUGGCGGGUUAUUUGAAUGAGUAUGUGCAACAACACAAAGAGUUAUUUGAGCUCUGGUUUGAGAAAAUACAUUCAUGGGAUGUGGCACCUCAAAAUUAUGGUAGAAUGGUUUGGGUGCGUAUAUCUGGAGUUCCUUUAAAAGCUUGGAGUGAUAGAUGUUUUGAGAAGAUAGCAGCUUCGUUAGGGGAAGUAGUAUUGGUGCAUGAAGAUACAAAAUCCAAGUCGAUUUUGUGUGAUGGAAGAGUGAUGAUUUUAUGUUCUGAAAGGAACAAAAUUGUAAAGACAUUGAAGUUAAAAGUGGAGGAGACGUUGUAUCAGAUUGGAGUGACGGAGGAAGAGUGGAGGGCCGACCCGGAUUGGUGGUUGUCGGAGGUUGAUCGGAGGGAGGAGGCAGAAACGAUUUCCGAUAAUUCCUUGUCGGAACAGGGUGAAGAGUAUCACGAUUUCAAUUUUUUCGUGAUUCAAUGUGAUGAUGUAGAUGACGUAGAUGAGAUUGAUGGGGAACGGUUAAAGGCAAAGGGAAAUUCGAAUUCAAAAAAAGAUGUAACUACAGAAAGUAAGGGGUCUGCGAGAGAGGUGAACAAGGAGUUGGAUGGGCUCAAUAACCAAAAGGGCCUGAUAAGGGAUGCAAAAGAUGGGCCAGAAGAAGAGUUUGGGCUAAAUGUGAGCAUUUCUCAAGUGCAAGAAUCAAGAGACACUGGGAAUGGGCCGAAGAUCAUAAUCGGCAAUUUAGGUGAUGUGCAGGGGACAUUUGAGGGGGAGUUGAAUAAUGGUGUUAAUUUGGGAAAUAGGGAUUCGAGAGAGAAAAAAAAGAAAGAUCUAAAAGCUUGCUACCCACAAGAGAAGCUCGCAGGAUGUGAAGUGAAGGCUCAAGAGAGAUCAGACACAAUCAUGCAGAGGCAUCACCGAAACCAGGAAGAACAACAGAAAGUCCAGAAUGGGGCGGCGGUGCAGGAUCAACGGGCUGGGAGCUCCUCCUUGUCUGACGGGUGCAUAGCUCACAGAAACAAGGAGACAAAAUUAGAGAUGGUGCAGGGGAAUCUUUGUAAAAUGAUGUGGUUUUCGGAUGAAUUUGAUUGGGUGAUGAAGGAAUCGAUAGGAGCAUCUGGAGGUGAAUGGGGACAACAUAAGUUAAAGUGUAAUUUGGUGAAUAUUUAUGCCCCAAAUGAUAGACAAAAGAAACUCAAGCUGUGGGAAGAACUUCGGCAUAUGAUAGUGGAGGAUGAAGGUCGAUGGCUGAUUGCUGGAGAUUUUAACGUUGUUAGGUGUGCAAAUGAAAAGAAAGGUAAGUCAGGGGAGACAACGGAAAUGAGGGCUUUUGAUGAUUUUAUUGUGUCAACUGACUUGGUGGAUUUAAAGCUGGUCAAUAGACGUUUCACGUGGUAUAGGCCGGAUGGAUCGUCUAUGAGUCGGUUAGACAGGGUCUUGAUGUCGGAUGAGAUGUGCAAUUUGGGAAGGGAAUGGGUGCAGCAAGGACUGAAGAGGACUGUGUCAGAUCAUUGUCCGAUUAUGGUCAAAACAUCAGCAGCAGAUUGGGGACCGAAGCCUUUUCGAAUGUUUGAUGCAUGGCAACAACACCCACAAUUUAGGAAGGCGGUGGAGGACAAAUGGAAGGAAUUAAAUGUGGAAGGGUAUGCUGGAUACAGAUGCUUGCAAAAGCUAAGGAGAUUAAAAGAAUUCCUAAAAGGCUGGAAUAAGGAGGUGUUUGGGAACAUGGAAACACAAUUCAAAAAUGUUGCAGAAAAAGUUGAAAGGAUUGAUUUGAAAAAUGAAGUGGUGGAUCUGGAGGGAAGCGAGGUGAAACAAAGGAAAGAAGGUUUUCAGCAGAUAUGGGACAUGUUGAGGUUGAGAGAGGCUAUAUGGAAGCAGAAAUCAAGAAGCGAUUGGGUUAAAUUGGGGGACCAGAAUACCCGGUAUUUCCACAAGGUUGCAAAUGGGAGAAAGGCACUUAAUAGUAUCCAGGGAAUAAUGAGUGAUGGUCACUGGGUAGAGGAACCAAUUAUGGUUAAGAAAGAGGUGAUGUCUUACUUCCGCAAGUUGUUUCAAGAAGAAUCUUGGGAUUGGCCCAAGCCUUCAAAUAUUGAUUUCAAGAAAAUUUCUGAAGAGCAGAUGGUAUGGCUUGAGAGACCCUUCACUGUUGAGGAGAUUGAAGAAGGAUUGAAGAGCUGCGAUGGAAGUAAAGCCCCGGGGCCUGACGGAUUUGGUUUUGGAGUCAAAUGGAGGGGGUGGAUUAAGGAAUGUCUCUCAACCACAUGGUGUUCGGUGCUAGUAAAUGGCAGCCCAACGGAGGAGUUUUAUUUGGAGAGAGGGUUGAGGCAAGGGGAUCCUUUAUCUCCAUUUCUAUUUCUGAUGAUUAUGGAGGGGUUAAAUGGAUUGGUUAAAAAAGCAGGGACUGAAGGACUGCUACAGGGAAUAGAGAUUGGUAAAAGGGGGCUGACGGUUUCCUUGCUGCAAUUCGCAGAUGAUACGGUUAUUUUGGGAAGAGCUGCCAGUGAAAAUAUUCUUAUGGUCAAAGCUAUUCUAAGAUGGUUUGAGAUAAUGUCAGGGCUGAGGAUUAACUACAGCAAAAGCAGUAUCUAUGGACUUAAUGUGAAAGAGAGCUGGGUAAGAGGAGCUGUAGGUACGCUUCGAUGUGGUAUAGGGGUGAAACCUUUCUCUUACUUGGGAAUGCCAAUUGGUGAAAAUCCAAGGAACAAGAAGUUUUGGGAUCCAAUAGUUAGAAAGUUUUGUGGUAAACUUGCCGUCUGGAAAUCUGCCCUACUGUCCUUUGGCGGUCGCCUCACGCUACUUCAGUCGUUAAAAUUCAAAGGGUUUUUUUUGUGGGGUGGUGGGGAUGGGGGGAACGACGAGAAGAGGGAGAUAUCGUGGGUGAAAUGGGAGGAUAUUUGUGGUAGCAAGGUGAAUGGAGGACUAGGAGUACCUGAUUUGCACCGUAGAAAUUGGGCUUUGUUAGGAAAAUGGUGGUAUAGGCUAGGGGAUGGAAAGGAGGGGUUAUGGAAACGGGUAGUGAAAGAGAAAUAUUAUGGAGGUGGGCAGGAGGUCAAUAUUACAGAUGUGGAGAAGCUGCGAGUGUCAAAGAUUUGGGGGGACAUUCUUAGCAUAGGCGGGAAAUCCAAUAGAUUAAAAUCUAUGCUGGUGAAGGGGUUUAAAUGGGAGGUAGGAGAUGGAAGCAGGGAGUUCGGGUUUUGGGAAGGGGAGAGUUGGAGAUGGGAAAUAGGGUGGCGAAGAAAAAGGAUGGGUCGGGAGCAAGAUGAGGAAAAGGAGUUAUGGAAGGUAUUGGGUAAUUUACAGCUUAGGAAAUAUGUAAGUGACUAUUGGAAGUGGAGGUAUGAUGUGGAGGGUAGGUUGGUGCCUUCUAAAGGGGUGGAGGAGGUUGAUCACCUAUUUUGCACGUGCAUGGAAGCGUGGGUAGUUUGGGUUAAGAUGAUUAAGUGGUGGGGUAUGGAGCUAGUGAUGCCGGAUACAGUGAAGGGUGUGGCAGAGACUUUCAUCUACGGGCUAGGCAGUUUGGUAGGCAAGGAGAUGGGAGCUUACAUUUUUCUUGUUACUGCUUGGUAUUUGUGGUAUAGGAGAAAUGUCUUGUGGCAAAGCAACCCGUUGGAGUGUGCAAGGGAGUUGAAGCGAUACAAGAAAUCCUUGAAGAUGUUUAAUCAGCAACAGAAAUGACUUCAGUUUAGUUGAAGUGUGUUCUUUACUGAUUAUUCUUGUUCUUUCGGGGUCUUCAUUAUUUUUGUGUUCCUGCAGUGUCUUUUUAUUUUUGCAAGGAGUAAUUGUUUUCUUCUUUUUUUUGUAAAAGGGCAGGAGUAUCUCUUCUACUCCAUUAAUUUUUAUUAAAAUAAUUCACUUUGU